GCGAGGGGGAAAUGGUACUCCUGUCGUACCUGGCGGCCUUCUUCUCCGCAUUUGGUGCGAUAUUCUUCGUCUACUGCGCCUUCAAUAUCGCCCGGUGGAUCUAUGACGUCUUUCUCGCUUCAUCAAGCGACGCCUAUCUGGCGGCGUUCAAGGGCGACUGGGCGUUGAUCACGGGUGCGGCUGGCGGCAUCGGGCGGUGCUUCGCCGAGCAGCUGGCUGCACGAGGGUUGCACUUGAUUCUGGCUGACAUCAAUGAGGCGGGCUUGGAGGAGCUGAGGGGCCUUCUGGCGGGCCGGUUUCCAGCCGUGAGCAUCAAGACGAUGAGGCUGGAUCUCAUGGGCGAGGCGGCGGCCAUCGAGGCCAACCUCAAGAUAUUCAUGCAGGACCACGGCAUCAACAAGAUCGGUACUACGUCACGCACACCAACGACACACUCACCCAAUGCAUUACUGACAUGACGUCCUUUCCUGCGUGUCCCAUCCCAUGGCAUGCGAUGCAGGUGUGUUGCUGUGCUGUGCGGGCGGCGUGGGUCGCUAUGCCGUGGUCAACGAGCGGCCGACGUCUGCGGUGUACCGUGACGUGCAGUACAACGUGUCGUCGACGCUGCUGUGCUGCAGCUUCGUGAUACCCUACAUGAAGCACAACGGCCGCGGACUCAUCAUGCUCAUGUCUUCCAUGAGCGCACUCUCGGGCAUGCCCGGCUCGCCCGAGUACAGCGGGGGCAAGGCCUUCCUCCGGCUUUGGAGCUUCUCGGUCGAGGAAGAACUCAAGAUCGACAACAUACUCAUCACCGCCUUCACGCCAGGUACGUAGGUGGGUGGAGCUGCUGUGCUGGGCUGUGCUGUGCAUCCUUCUCGGACGUCCCUUUUGCUGAGCUGUGAUGGCAUCUGAUUGCUGUGGCUGGCAGGGUUCAUAACAACCCCACUGACGCAGUACGCGCGGGGGCUGCUUGUUGCCGAGCCCGAGUCCUUCGUCCGCUGGGCCUUGCACAAGUGCCACCGGGGCCCGGUGUGCAACCCGCACCCGGGACAUGCCCUGCAAGAGGCCCUCGGGGUCAACAUACUGGGAAUCAGGUGCGCACCACUCACCCACCCCAGGAAGGCGCAAGACUCCGGUGUCUGGUGCCUCUGGAUGUAUGUGCCUCUUGUGUUUGUGUGUGUGUGUGUCAGGUCGAUGCGCAAGGCGGCGGAGAUCGCUGCGUGCAAGAUGGCCAAGCGUAUGAUGGCGAGCAAGAAGGAGGACGGCAGCCCCAGCCUGCUGGUGGAGCGCCAGGAGGCGAAGGACCAUAUCGAGAAGAUGGCCAGCAAGCGAACGGCACUCUUCGACACUGCCGCCCGACCUGAGCUGUCCGUCGGACGGGUGGGUGGCUAGGGGGAAUGGGGAGGUCGUCCGUGUGUCGCCUGUGCGGGUGCGUCCGUCCCUUGGUCUGUAAUUCUCUCUUCGGCGUCAUGGAUGUCUGUCUGAUAUGUAUUUGUGUGCCUACACAGAAUGAAUGCUACCUACGGUCGUGUCGUUUUUCCUUUUCCUUUUCCGCAUAACUGAGUAACUUCGUCUGCGUCACACCCCUCGUCUGUGUCUGUGCCUCGUGUCGUACGUGUGUGCAUUGCGUGCUAUGUUGAAUAGGCUUCGUGUCGCGUGAGAGAGAGGGGGAGGGGGGGGGAGGGGGCGCGUGCUGUAUCGAUCCAUCGAGCGUAUGCAAUUCAUGGCCGUCCGUCCGGUGCUGUGACCGACGAGCUAGCUGUGUUGAGUGAGUGCGCUUCACAGACAGAUGCCCUCCCUCCCUAGCUAUCAUGAUGUCUAUUAUAUCUAUGCACAUAUGUAUGUAUUUUUCCCGUGAGUCGAUGUGUGGCGCCCUGCACGGGCGAAGCGGCUAUCUAUCGUUCGUUAUUGUAUGUCAGUCUUGCCGUUGAGAAUGUGUGUGUUUGUGUUUGUGUAUGCGCGUGUGCCGUUUUUCAAGGAUGGUGGGUCAUUUGUGGGAAUGUAUGUGUGUAUGUGUGUAUUGCCUGGCCAUAAGCACAUGCAUACAAAUGUGUGGGUGGUUGUGGUGCACACAUGUGGGAUCCUACUUGUGCAUGAGUCGCAGUUUGAAUGGAUGGACGGCUCGAGUGCGUGCCGUGCGUGGCAACUCUGGCUGAUUGAUUGAUGUGUGGACGACUGACUGUCCGCUCAUCACUCGCGUGCAUUCAAUGCAUUCAAUGCAG